GCAAAACAUGACACAUCUGUCCAUCUGACAGUUGAUUCUCAGAGUCUGGAAGAUGAAAAGUGGAAAUUAAUUUUAUUCCUGGACGUUUAUUGAACAUCUUAUAAUGGAGAGCGUCUACCGGCAGGGCGUGUGGAUGGCGGAAGCCCUUCAGCAGAAAAGCAGAAGUUUGGAGGAUAUGUGGCUCGUCGCUUCUCAUAUGGGAGACCCGAAAGCCGCGGUUCUGCUGGUUUUCCCCGUCGUGUUUUACAUACAUCGCCGGACAGGCAUCGCUGUGCUCUGGGUAGCAGCUCUUUCAGAGUGGCUUAAUCUGGUUCUUAAAUGGAUCCUCUUUGGCGAGAGGCCUUACUGGUGGAUUGGACAAUCUGGCUUGUUUUCUGAAAAGCCUCCAGAAGUGCAGCAGUUUCAGUCCACCUGUGAGAGCGGUCCAGGCAGUCCGUCGGGUCACGCUAUGGUCACCAGUGCAGUAUGGUGGGUGAUCGUCUCUUCUCUGGCCUCCUUCAGUCAAGCUUACACAGGCAGUAAGAUAUUAUCCGCAGUGCUGUAUCUGCUGUAUGCAGUGUUUCUGGGAUGUGUAGGCCUUUCUCGGAUCUUCAUCCUGGCUCAUUUUCCUCAUCAGGUCGUUGCAGGUUUUCUGACAGGUGUGCUUCUGGGGGUGUUUCUGAAGCGCUCUGUGCCUGAACGGCGCCCUCUGCUGUUCUUCUUUCGCUUCAGCAUGGCUCUGCUCGGUGCUGCUCUUAUUUUCCACGCUGUUCUGGAAAAAACGGGGAUCGAUCUUUCUUGGUCCAUCUCUCUGGCCAAGCGCUGGUGUUCUCGCUCUGAGUGGGUCCGGAUGGACACUGCGCCCUUUUCCUCCCUUAACCGUGACGCUGGGGUUCUCUUAGGACUGGGCCUGGCGCAGUACUGGAAGCCUGGCGGAUGGACUCUUCCUCGGGCCCCCAGGACUCUCUGUCUUGCCCUGUCGUCUCUGGCCCUGCACUACAUCAGCAGGUUCCCUCUGCCCACUGUCCCUCCUCUUCUCUUCUACUCUCUGUUCUUCCUCAAAUACAGCAUCGUGCCGCAGGUGGUCAUGGUGCUGGUGCCUGGAUUCGUCCAUUUACUCACAGCCAAACCCAAGAGGGAGUAAAAGUACAUGUUGAGGCUUUUGGCCAGCCAUGAAAAUUGAAAGUUCAUAACACAAAAUAAGCAAAGCUCUAAGAUCGAUUAUAAAGGUGAUUUGGUCACGCUUUAUUUUGAUGGUCUGUUUGUUGAAUUUAAGUUACAAUUCAUCUACAUGUCAACUAAUUCUCAUUAGAUUAUGAGACUGUUUGGUUGGGGUUAGGGUUAGCGAUAGUUGACAUGUACUCGCAAAGUUUCUUAUAGUCAGUUACAUGUUUGUUGAAGGAGCAGUAUCAACAGAUAUUAGGCAGACAGUCUACUAAUACUCAAAUGGACCAUCAAAAUAAAUUGUUACCGUUGUUUUAACUAUAAAGAGACAAUGUCGUUGCCUGCAGCUUUAAAGAUUUCUUUAGCAAACAAAAGUGACGUGGACUGAAGUAAAUUUAUUUAGUUUGUGCCAAAGAAACUCUUAAGGGAAAAGUUUUGUUGCUGUUGUUCUGUUUUGAUUGUUUACUCUAUUUACUUGUUCAUUUUCAAGUCAUUUGAGUGGUCUCUUCUUGAAUAGAAGCCAUUUUUCUUGCUUAUAAUAGUAUAGAAAUGAUAUUUUCUCUAAGAAAUCAAUUUAGAAAAGUUGCUUUUUUUUGUCUUUAGUCAAAGUUCUUUUGUGAAAAGAUCCCCUUUCACACUGAUUACACCAAAAAUGAAUAAAAACAAGAUGGGAUAUGCAUGUG